CAGCAGCACCCCGAGAGUAAACCCUGUGCAGUUUGGGGCGGGGGGUGAGGAGUGGCCGGUAACAUUUACAGAAUAAAAUUACACUUCCAAACUCCAUACAAGGGAAUGGGAACCCAGAGUCAGCCGAAUGUAUGUCCAUGGCAUGAAGAGUGACUCUGGCAGCAUGGCAACAAUGCGGAGAGUCCUGUCUGUUGUGAUCAUCGCGUCCUGUCUGGUGUUCAGCAGUGCUCAGCAAACAGUAUGCACGCAAGAAGCGGUGGCUGAUGUUGUGUUCCUGGUCGAUGGGUCAUCGAGUAUUGGGCUGGGCAACUUCAAGAAGGUCCAGCAGUUUCUUCUCACUUUGCUGGGCAGCUUUGAUGUGAGCUCAGAUCAAGUCCGGGUUGGGCUUGUCCAAUACAGCACAAGCCCACACCUAGAAUUCCUCCUUAAUACCUACCAAGAAAAGGAGCAGGUCUUGAAUCACAUCAGAAGCAUGCAUUACAGAGCAGGUGGCACUUUCACAAGGCUGAGCCUGGAGUUCAUGCUGACCACACUCUUUACGGCAGAGGCCGGCAGUCGGGCUCACUUGGGGGUUCCCCAGUUUGCGAUGGUCAUUACUGACGGGAAGUCCCAGGAUGACGUCAAGCAGGCAGCUGACACGGUCAAGAGAAGGGGCAUCACGUUGUACGCUGUUGGGAUUAAGGACGCCGAGCUAGAGGAGCUGCAUGACAUUGCCAGCAUGCCCGUGAGCAAGCAUGUCUACAAUGUGUAUGAUUUCGCCGCGCUGCAGGGCAUCUCGCAUGAUAUCGCCCAGGUGCUCUGCACCACUGUCGGGGAGGCCGCUCGCCAUGUUGUCCAGGUGCUGCAAGAAUGUGCAACAGCCAAUGUGGCCGACAUUAUGUUCCUGGUGGGUACCUCACCAAACUCCAGUCCCGCUGAUUUCCAGGACAUGAAGAAUUUUCUUAGAGGCUUUGUGGAAAGCCUUGAAAUCGGUCCAAACAGGGUGCAAGUGGGACUCCUGCAGAUUGGUGACGACCCCCAGCAGGAGUUCUUGCUGAAGGAUAACAGAGAUCAGACUACACUCUUAGAGAACCUGGACAGGCUAAGUAAAAGAGCAGAGAGUGCCAACAUUGGGAAGGCACUGCAACUCAUCAAAACUCGCUAUAUGGGUAGGGCAGCAGGAAAUCGGAGCCCUACGGUGGUGCCACAGAUCGUCAUUGUCGUCACAGACAGGAGCUCUGAAGACAAGGCAGAUGACAUUGCUAGCGAUCUCAGGAGGCAAGGAGCAUUCAUCUACGUCGUAACUGUGGGCGUGACAGACACCAAAGAGCUACAGAAAAUCUCCAACAGCCCCCAUGAACACUUCUUACUAAGUGCCCAAAGUUACGGCAGCCUGACGAUGAUGAAGGACAAACUCCUGCAAGUCGUGUGCCGCUCCGUGGAGUACCUCAUGGAAGCCCUUGCCCCAAGGUGUACAGAUAUUGUCUUCCUGAUGGACAGCACGAUGUCACCCCAACAAUAUCAGCAAGCACGAAUGCUCUUGACCCGACUGGUGAACUCACUCACAGGCAUUGCGGACCACCACAUUGCAUUGGUGCAGUUCAGUGAUAAACCGAGAUCUGAUUUCCCCUUGAAUUCCCUAGAAGAAUUUGGCAAGUUUUUGAAGAGCCAGCUGCGGCCACUACGUUCCUCAACCAGCAACAUAAGCAAUGCCCUGACAUAUGUCAGUGAUAAUUUUUUCAUGCCGAGGGUGGGUGGAGUGUUGAGAGAGAGGGAGGGGAUGUUUCUUGUGGUCAUCAGCACAGGGAAGUUUCAAGACAAAUUUGAUAGGGAAGUAAAAACUCUCAAGGAUAAGGGAGUGACUGUCAUUUCUAUUGGGUUUGACAACUCUAAUGAACAAACCCUGAAGGCCAUUUCCACAGAUUCGAAUAUGUAUUUGAUGACGCGACCAAACCUGCCAUUGGAAUUAAAGAGGACCAUAGAGAUCAAGGAGACACUUGUGAAAUUACAGACUGCUUCAGAGUGCAGCUCUGCUAGGCUGGCUGAUAUUGUGUUCAUUGUGGAGUUUGGGAGGGACAAAAAGGAAUUCAAUGAUGUGCGCAGCUUCAUCCAUCAGAUAGUUGGUGGUCUUAACGUAAGCUCCAGCGAAGUAAGGGUGGGUAUCCUUGGGUACGGCAACACUCCCAAGGAUCUGGUCUCCCUGUCCACCUUUAAUGAGAAGGAGGACAUCUUGCAGUACAUCAAGGUUAUGCCCUACCACGGCAGCACGGCUUCAAACGUGGGGCGUGCUCUGGAAUACGCUAGAAGCAACAUGUUCACCCCCAAAGCCGGCAGCCGCAAGAAAGAUGGUGUGCAGCAGCUAGCCAUCGUCGUUAUGCGUGGACCGAGCCAGGAUGAAGUGGACAAAGCAGCCUCUAAUCUGAGACUCUCAGGGGUGACCGUAUAUGCUGUGGGCAUGCAGGACACCAACAACAGCCAGCUGGAGCUCAUCGCUUCCUCUCCUGCCAGCAAGUUUGUUUUUACAGUGGACAGCAUAACACAGCUCAACACACUACAGAGUACCUUGAAGAAGUUCCUGUGUUACACCAUCAUUGACACAAUUUAUUCCUCCCCAAGACGAAGGUUUCAGCUUAAAAAAGGUAACUUCCGAGAAGCACAUCCUGAAAUGCUAAGCACUGCACUUUUUAUGACUAAGCUCUUAAAUGAAGAUCAGAUCUACUGCUGCACAAUGGACAUAGCCUUCGGGUUUGAUAUCUCUACGAGGAUCGCAGUAUCGGAGUUCUUCAGCGGGUCCGCGGGCAUAAAGAUUCACCUGGCUGAUAUCGUCAGAGCCAUGACCAGCCCCCAGAGUCUCUGCUGCUUGACAGGAGAUGACAAGCUGAUGCCCAACGUCGGCUUCCGCCUGGUCGGCAGAGAUGGAGGGAUCGUUGUCGACUACAACUUUGAAUCCUAUAAUGCAGAAGUGCUGCAGAAGCUGCUGGAUGUUCAGUACAGUGGCACCACAUCCUUCAACAGGCAGAUGCUCCUGUCACUCCAGCAGAAACUCAGCGAAUCCAAAGCAGGUGUGAAGGUCAUGGUCAUUUUCAGCGACGGCCUGGGCCCCACCGACGACACGCUUGAAGAACUUCUCAAGGAAUCAGAGCGCCUCCGAACGGACGGGAUCCAUGGGCUGCUGGUGGUGGCAUUAGGAAAUGUUCAGGACUCACGACUGCAGCAACUGGAGUUUGGCCGGGGCUUUGAGUACCGGCUGCAGCUGAGUAUCAACAUGCAGAACGUGGCCAGCACCAUGCGGGAGCAGGUGUUCACGGUUGCAGCUCGGCAGUGCUGUUCGGUCAUGUGCCAGUGUGUGGGCCUGGAGGGAACACGUGGCAUUACGGGUUCAUCCGGGACGAAGGGCUCGCUGGGACCAAAAGGAUACGCAGGAUAUCCAGGAGAAGAAGGACCAAUGGGAGACAGGGGUGUCCCAGGUCUGCCUGGAACUCGUGGAUUACAGGGCUGCCAAGGGAAAUCGGGUGCCAAGGGGAAGACUGGCUUCAGGGGCAGACGGGGUGAGGCUGGGGAGAACGGUCUGGAUGGCGUUCGGGGUGAACAGGGCACCGCAGGUUCGGCUGGGGAGAAAGGAGAGAGAGGAGACCCAGGCAGCCCAGGCUACCAGGGCACUCCAGGAGAACCUGGCGCGAAAGGUCGGCCCGGUUUGAGAGGCGACCCGGGAGAACCUGGAACUCCUAACAAUGUCCCAGGUGCCAAAGGGGAAAGAGGAUACCCUGGAUUACAGGGUGAUGUUGGGGACAAUGGAGAGCCGGGAUAUCUAGGUAGUCCAGGUAACCAGGGUCUUGAUGGCAGAAGAGGUCAACCAGGUUCUCCGGGGGCACCGGGAAAUUCAGGAGCAACAGGACCUUUGGGGACCCCUGGGUCCCCUGGGCCACAGGGGCAGAGAGGAAACUCUGGGCCUCCCGGACCCAAAGGUGUUAUUGGCCUACCUGGGUCUCAGGGUCCACCAGGAGCUCUGGGUGAGAAAGGACGUCCUGGACCUUCAGGCAUGAAAGGAAUGAAGGGCCAAAUGGGAGAUAUGGGUUUGAAAGGAGAACCAGGACCAGCAGGUCUGAGAGGGUCACCGGGCCAGGAUGGUACUGAUGGCUACGGGGAACCUGGAUCCAGCGGACUAAAGGGAGAGUCUGGUUUCCCUGGAUACCCUGGACUCCCAGGGGAGAUAGGUUUCCUUGGAACUAAAGGGAAUCCGGGUCUGAAGGGGAACCGGGGACGACCGGGCAACGGUGGAAUGCCAGGAGAAACAGGAGAUCGUGGGAGCCCUGGGUCCCCAGGGUGGAAGGGAGCAAGUGGAAUAACUGGACGGAGUCAAAGAUCUACAUGUGACAUAGUCACCUAUAUUCAAGACAACUGUGCCUGCUCCCAUUGUCGACUGUCCUGUCCCCCCUACCCAACCGAGCUGGUGAUUGCCCUGGACAUGUCACAAGACGUGACGAAUGUGGACUUCCGGCGAAUGAACGAGACAGUCGCGGCACUGCUGGAUGGAGUGGACAUCGCGGAGAGCAACUGCCCCAUGGGAGCCCGGGUGGCCAUAGUCUCCUACAACACCAACACCAAGUACCAUGUGCGGUUUUCAGACUAUCACAGCAGGCGAAGACUUUUGAACGCCAUCUGGAACAUUCCAUACGUGAGGUCGUCCAAUGUCCGGAACACUGGGGCAGCCAUGAGAUUUGUGGCCCGCAAUGUUUUUAAGCGCACUCGCCAGGCCACUCUGAUGAGGAAGGUGGCGGUCUUCAUCACCGGCGGCACGUCCCAGGACACAGUGGCCCUCAACACUGGUGUUCUGGAGCUCAGGGCCAUGGACAUCAGCACUGCUGUUGUGGCCCUAAAGCCGGUCCCAGAAAUCAGACGUGCUUUUGAGGUGGAUGACAGUGGCACUUUUAUGCUCACUGUCUUGGAAAAGAACCUGGAGGUCAAGCGACAGCUAGAGACAAUCAAGAAUUGCACCAUCUGUUUGGAUCCAUGCAGACCAGGCAGCGAGUGCAGAGUGAGGAACACGGCGCCCAUAGACAAUAUGGACAUGGAUCUAGCCUUGCUGAUGGACAGCUCCAGUAGUGUGCAGUCCAACCAGUACCAUGGAGUCCAGCAACUCCUGGGCUGGGUCGUGGACCAGAUAGUCAUCAGCAACCAGACCCGGAGGCCUGACCGGGCAGCCAGAGUUGCGUUAGUCCAACAAGGCAUCUCCAGUCACCUCCAUGUGGGUGAGAAUCCAGUUCAUGUUGAGUUUGACUUCACGCAUCAUUCCUCUGAUAUGAAGAGGUACAUCACCCAGAUGAAGCAGGUGGGAGGCCGUGGUGCUCUGGGUCACGCCGUAGAGUGGAUCACCCAAAACCUUCUACUGUCAAACCCUCGAAAGAACAAGGUGAUCAUAGCCGUCGUUGGAAAGGAUGGCAGCUACUUGGACCAGGAAAAGUUGGAAAUGGUCUCCAUGCAGGCCAAGUGCCAGAACUGGGUCCUGCUCACGCUCACUGUGGGCAUGGAGUUUAACUGCACGCAGGUAGAAGAACUGGCCAGUGAGCCCAUAGAACAGCACAUCAUCCACCUGGGCCAGGUGAAGGCGGCAGAGCUACAGUACGCCCAGCGUUUCCUCAGGACCUUCUUCCAAAUCCUAAAAAGGGGCUUCAACAAAUACCCAUAUCCCCGUCUUCAGCAGACCUGCAGAAGACUAAGACCCACAGCAGCAAUAUCAGAAGCUGCCUGGGGUCCACCAGUUCAGAGUUUUGUUGUGCCAAGCUUAAUUGAAGAAGAGCUGGUCGGACAGGAGCUAGCAGUGGAAGUUUAUGCAGAUGAGAGACACACCAACGAUGACGGCACCAAGGCUGAGGUGGUGGAAGAGGCAGCGGAGACUGAGCAUGAAGCAACCACCGGGCUCUCUGUCGCUUGCUCUCUGCCCAUGGAGACUGGUGGCUGUCAGAAUUACACUCUGAAGUGGUACUUCGACUCUUCAAAGAAAGAGUGCUCUCGAUUCUGGUUUGGAGGCUGCGAUGGCAACGAUAACAAGUUUGAGAGCUGGGAGAAGUGCGAGGCCACUUGCAUGAAGAAAUAGUUCUUGGGGACUUCGCUUCAUCUGAGAACCCAUUCAUGUUUGCUCCUGUCCAAAGCUCAACCCUGCACUGCAGAGCUGUCCCAUGGCAACACGGGAUGCUUCUCUUUUAUACAUUCUCAUUAUCUGUCAGUUCCAAAGAGUCACACUUAUGUCGCCUUAAAAAAAGACACAUUCGCUGUCAAAAGCCUGCGCUGUGGUCAAGAGUGGACAAGCCAGAAUAAAGAUAAGAGAGCAGGAAUUAUGGAUGCCCAACCUAUGUCAAUAUGAACUGCAAUAGGUUUUCAGCUAUUGAAAGCAACCUUGUAGCUUACUUUACAAGAACACAAAUCUGACUGUAUUUACCUUGCAUAAUCCAUAUAUUCCAUCAAUAUUUUUCCCAAUACUUGACUGAACUUGGAAUUUGUAACAGGAAAUAUUCAUCUGCUUUCAUUGUCCAAUUUGGAUUCCAGUGUUUUGCUUCCAGGUUAAUGAUAUUCCAGUGCUGUGCUUCCAGGUUAAUGAUAUUCCAGUGCUGUGCUUCCAGGCUAAUGAUAAAAGCAGUGCUUUCAGGAACAUUCUUACUUUCUAAAUUCUGUCCAACUCAUACAGUAAAUAGAAAACAGCAGAACUCAUCAGAUGUGUCACAUCAGCACAACAGAUUAUACUGUAUAAGUGUGUGGUUAUCUUCCCACGCCCUGGCCAGAGACAGUCUGUUUGUAAAUUACUGAUAGAUGUUAGCAAAUAAAAUCAACUAUCUCACAAUCCCUGUUUCAGAGUUUCCCACAGUCCAGACACCAGUACCUUUGUGCUGAUUAGAAUCAGGGAUGUAUUUAUUGAAAAUAUAAACUCCUCAGAUUCUUCGGUGUGAGCUGAGAUCUUUUUCUGUGCUGGGUUGCUUGCUGUUAAACAUGGAUACCUUUUACGAUGGUGCUAGUGUCAGAUGACUUACAAAGACUGACCUCAAGAAGAUUUGAUGGCUGUUUUCAUUAAAUACUCAAAGAAAACAAAGCUAAUCUCAUUUUA